AGAAGCUUGAAUUAUGGAGUUGUGUUGGGCGGGAACCCAUCUACCUUCCUCUCUCCAUCCACUACCACCAUCACCCUGGCUAGACUGAGGGGUGACCAGAGCAAGAAGGGACAGCACGCACGCGCGCACACACACACACACACACACACACACACACACACACACACACACACGGGCUUCUGGGACAACUCACCACUGACCAUCUCUAUGGAAGGAGAAACUUGCUGACCAGAUGUCUCCAUCUGUGAAAGGUGACACUUGCACUGUGACAAAUGCUUCUUGUGAACCUGCAAAGGCUGGACCACCAAUGACUCAAGAGAAGAAGGCAGAAGACCUUGAGAGAGGAGUGGACACCACCCCAGCUUUCCCCAGGCUGUGGAGCACUCACUGUGAUGGAGAGGUGCUCCUGAGGCUGUCCAAACAUGGGCCAGGCCAUGAGACCCCGAUGACCAUCCCCGAGCUGUUUCAGGAAUCUGUUGAACGAUUCGGCGCUUACCCAGCCCUCGCCUCGAAGAACGGCAAAAAGUGGGACACGCUGACAUUCAGCCAGUACUAUGAAGUGUGUCGGAAGGUAGCCAGAUCUCUGAUGAAGUUGGGCCUACAGCGCUUCCAUGGUGUUGGCAUCCUGGGCUUUAACUCGGUCGAGUGGGUCGUUGCUGCCCUGGGCACCAUCUUGGCUGGGGGCCUCUGUGUUGGUAUCUAUGCCACCAACUCGGCUGAGGCCUGCCAGUACGUCAUCAAGCAAGCCAACGUGAAUGUCUUGAUAGUGGAGAAUGACCAACAGCUGCAGAAAAUCCUGUCGAUUCCGCCGGACAAGAUGGAGACCGUGAAAGCCAUUGUGCAGUACAAGCUGCCCUUGCUGGAAAACAGCACAAACCUGUACUCGUGGCCUGACUUCAUGGAGCUGGGUGAUGGCAUCCCAAAUAUCCAGCUGGAUCGGAUCAUCCUGAGCCAGAAGGCCAACCAGUGUGCUGUCAUCAUCUACACCUCUGGGACCACAGGGACCCCCAAAGGCGUGAUGCUGAGCCAUGACAAUAUCACAUGGACGGCAGGGGCCAUGGCGCGUGAGUUAGAGAUGACCCAUGUCUCAGGGAAGCAGGAUUCAAUAGUCAGCUACCUGCCCCUCAGCCAUAUUGCAGCCCAGCUCAUGGACAUCUGGAUCCCCAUCAAGGUCGGGGCACUCAUUUUCUUCGCUCAACCAGAUGCACUCAGGGGCACCUUGGUGUACACUCUUCAAGAAGUGAAGCCUACUUUUUUCAUGGGAGUGCCACGCAUCUGGGAAAAGAUGCAGGACACCAUCAAGGAAAAUGUGGCCAAGUCCUCCAGCCUGAGAAAGAAGGCGUUUGCAUGGGCGAAGAUGCUUGGCUUGAAGGUCAACACUAAGCGGAUGCUGGGGAAGCGAGACAUCCCCAUGAAUUACCGCAUGGCAAAGGCCCUCGUGUUCACGAAGGUCAGGAACUCCCUGGGCUUUGACAACUGUCACACCUUCUUCAGUGCCGCUUCACCCCUCCCUCAGGAUGUCUCGGAGUUCUUUCUCAGCCUGGACAUCCCCAUUGGUGAGAUCUAUGGAAUGAGUGAGUGCUCUGGACCCCACACAGUCUCCAGCAAGAAUGUCUACAGAGUUUUGAGCUGUGGCAAGGUCAUGAAUGGCUGCAAGAACAUGUUGUACAAGCAGAACAAAGAAGGCGUGGGUGAGGUGUGCAUGUGGGGCCGUCAUGUCUUCAUGGGCUACCUGGAUAGGGAGGAGGCCACUUUGGAAGCACUGGAUGAAGAUGGCUGGCUGCACUCUGGGGACAUUGGCCGUCUGGACAGCCACAAUUUCCUUUAUAUCACUGGCCGCAUCAAAGAAAUCCUGAUAACCGCUAGUGGUGAGAAUAUAUGCCCCAUCCCCAUUGAGACCCUGGUGAAGGAGAAAAUCCCCAUUAUCAGCCACGCCAUACUGGUGGGUGACAAGGCCAAAUUUCUGAGCAUGCUACUGACACUGAAGUGUGAAACAGACCAGAAGAGCGGAGAGCCCUUGGACAAUCUGAGCAAGGAGGCCAUCAGCUUCUGCCAGAUGCUGGGUAGCGAGGCAGCCACUGUGUCGGACAUUUUGAAGAUUCGAGACCCAAUGGUUUACACAGCCAUCCAGUAUGGCAUAGACUUCGUGAAUCAGCAAGCGAUCUCUGACUCGCAUAGAAUUCGAAAGUGGAUCAUCUUGGAGAAAGACUUUUCCAUCCAGGGUGGGGAGCUGGGACCAACAUCAAAACUUCAAAGAAAUACGAUAAUCCAGAAAUACAAAACACAGAUUGACAGCAUGUACUCAUCAUAAUGGCUGUGGUGACAGCUUCCUCCUGUCCCCAUG